AUGACCCACGACAUUGCUAUCCGCGACGCCGUGCCACCGCUGAAUCGAUCGGCAAUCGAACAGCCGUGUGCUCCUACUUUCCAUUCUAACGGUCCAGACCGGACAUCCAACGAUGUCUGGGCGAGCGCCAUAUCUCGCCUGCAAGCUCAAGUAUCCUACAAUACUGGAAUGCUGGAGACCCAUCGACGUCAAUUCGCCGAAAUCGAGAGUGCAGUGAGUCGGCUGCAUCAGCACAUGAACGAGGUUGUGCAGGCUCUCCACGAUAUUCGAACCGAAGUGCAGCAGCGUCCUGCUGCCGCUGAUCAUCAUCCAAGACACGAUUCGAAUGAUUUUGAAGUUCUUGCUGGCCAAGUGCAGAGACUGACCAGCAGAGUCAAUGAGAUCGAUGGAUUGAGCAUGCAGCUCGAGUUGAUGAAGAAUCGUGUGAAACGAAUUGAGGAGGGUGCUUCUAUCCCUCCUUCCCUUCCUGUUGGGCCGCCUACCUCAGGACAGAGAGAACCGCUUGUUCGUGAGCCUACUUCUAUUUCUGGAGCCCUACAUCUUCAUUCUGCGCCGUCGCAUGCUCCGCUCCCUUCAUUUGCAGGACCGAAGCACCAACCACUCCCACCGAUGCGCACGGGGUCGAUCUCUUCCCCGGGCACAACCCGUUCCGGUGUUGUAGAUUCUACGAUGAUGGAGGCUCAAUCCGCGCAUCCUUUCAGGUCAUCAACGGAGUCUCGUUCGUUUUCAGGCGAGCCAAGUGCUCAGCCUGCCGGAUCUUUCAGAGCAGCAGAAGCUCUGCCGCCUCCAUCUACCUUGUCUGGCUGGCGACCGGCUGACUCGUUUCCUCCACACGGCGCAUCUCCACAGCACGGUACACUUGGCGUGAGACCAUCUACCAUGGAGCCUGAGGCUCACGGGGCUCCAGGCGGUAUGACGAGUGGGUGGGCUGCAGUCAAUUCCAAUCCAGCGAUUAAACGGCCGCCAGAGGACAGAGUGUCUCCUUACGACUCGCCCUCAACAGAUGGCUCGAAGAGACCUCGAUUGGCUCCCUUGAUGCCGAGCAUGCCAGGUGCACCUAGGGCUGGCUUCGCUGAAGAGUCGUACGUUCCAUCACAAUCCGCAUUUUCUUCCACAGCGCCAUCGUCAGAGGCACCUUUCCAUGUGCGUAGUCGUGCUCCUUCGGAGGGUUCUCUGCAUCCAUCCCAACCGCCUCCGCCCGUAGCUCCUUUAGCUGGACAGCACAACUUUCGCUUCAUUACGUCUACGCAGCAGUCAGAACCUCAGGAUUCCAUGCCAUGGAGGCCAGAGUCUGAAAAGCCGUCGCCUCCACAUUGUCACCCCAAUGGUGGACGUGGAGGCAGGGGUCGAGGCAGAGGCCGCGGUCGUGGGAGAGGUCGAGGUGCACACGGUCAUCGUCAUCACGAUGGGCAAGAGCAUGGCACGUCAGAGUGGGAGAAAGCAGAACAUGGUGGUAGCCUCCUAUCCCAAAAUGGAUAUCACGGCUCAAUCCCAUCUCACUCACCAGUGAUCAGACGUGGCAGUCAAGGACCACACACCCACCAUGAGUUCCCAGCAACUCCUGUCAGUAAUACCGGAAAUCACGAUGGAUAUGGCGCUCAUGGUGAUGCAAAUUCUGCCAGCGGAGGCAAGAAAACACGGACGAAACCGAUCAGGAAUGCUGAAGGCAUCUUGAUCCGCAAAGAUGGAAGGCCAGACAUGCGAAGCAAGCAGAAUGUGCUGGGGAGGUGGAAGGUACGUUUAUCAUUCGAGCAACUCCUGACCGAACACUUUCUAACAAGUCUUUCAGAAGACGGCGAAGGCAUAACAGGACCAGGCACGCCAAACAGCAUGGGAGCAGGAGGCGACGGCGAAGGAUCCGAGGAACCGACCAGCGACACCCAAGAGCGACAUCGAGAGCUAAUGAACAGGAUCUUCGUAAACAAUCACGAAGGCGAUACCAGGAGAAGCGGCGAGCAAUAUUUUCCGCGAAACGAAGAACUGACACCUGUACCAUCAACUUUGAAAAAGGAAUCCGGAGGCCUGAAGGAGGAAAGCCAACCCGCGCCUGCGCCUGCGCCUGCUCUUGCACUUGCACUUGCACCUGCACCUGCACCUGCUGCCCCUAUUACCAAGCCCACUGCACAGCCGGACGUGGUAAUGAAAGAGACUGGAGAGUCGCAAGGCGAGGAACGAGCCCGUGAACAAGACGCGCAAAGCGUGGUUCAAGAGCAACGUGUAGAGGGAAGUGGCAUGCAGCAACAACCUACCGCUGCAGCCGCCGCUCGAUCUGAUUGCAUUGCGAUCGAUACCCCAGAGCGAAGCUAA